GCAGUUCGCGGUCUGCCGGCGCCCCGGCGCACACCGAGCGCUGGAGGCUCCGUCGCGCCGCCUGCCAAGCCGGGAUCUACCGCCGCGCCGUUUCGGCCCCGUCUUUCUUCUCAUCUCCGCGUCGUCCGCUUCCCUCCAUCUCGGAGAAUCGUGUGCGUUCCGUGCGAAUUGGGGAUUAUUUUUCUACGGGGGGUGUCGAGGCAUCCCUCCCUCCCGCGCCGCCUGCUCCACCUGCCCUUGCGCCUUUCUUCUUUCCCCCCGCCUGCCUCUCCGCCGACCCCGGGCUGAUGUGCUGUGCGACAGGCUGGAAAUGGAAGUGUUGAUGCUCUGGCUUUUCCCCUGGAUAUUUCAGUGCGUUUCGGUGCGGGCGGACUCCAUCAUCCACAUCGGUGCCAUUUUUGAGGGCAAUGCUGCCAAGGACGACGAGGUGUUCAAGCAGGCGGUGUCGGAUCUGAACCUCAAUGACGACAUCCUCCAGAGCGAGAAAAUCACUUACUCCAUCAAGCUCAUAGAGGCCAACAACCCCUUCCAUGCUGUGCAGGAAGCCUGCGACCUGAUGACCCUGGGGAUCUUAGCCUUGGUGACAUCCACAGGUUGUGCCUCAGCCAACGCCCUGCAGUCCCUGACAGAUGCCAUGCACAUCCCACAUCUCUUUGUGCAGCGCAACACGGGAGGCUCCCCACGCACCGCCUGCCACCUGAACCCCAGCCUGGAGGAGGAGGAGUACACACUGGCUGCCCGGCCGCCCGUCCGCCUCAAUGAUGUUAUGCUGAAAUUGGUCACUGAGCUGCGGUGGCAGAAAUUCAUCGUCUUUUAUGACAGCGAUUACGAUAUACGCGGACUGCAGGGAUUUCUUGAUCAGGCCUCCAGGCUGGGACUUGAUGUGUCAUUACAAAAAGUGGACAGGAACAUCAGCAGAGUCUUUGCCAACCUUUUCACUACAAUGAAAACAGAAGAGCUGAACCGCUAUCGGGACACAUUACGAAGGGCUAUCUUACUUCUAAGCCCACGGGGAGCCCAGACUUUUAUUAAUGAGGCUGUGGAAACCAACCUUGCAUCAAAAGAUAGUCACUGGGUCUAUGUAAACGAGGAAAUCACUGAUAAUGAAAUAUUAGAGUUGGUGCAUAGUGCCCUUGGGAGGAUGACAGUUAUCCGGCAGAUUUUCCCCCUCUCAAAGGACAAUAAUCAGAGGUGCAUGAGGAACAAUCACCGAAUAUCAUCACUGCUCUGUGAUCCACAAGAAGGCUAUCUUCAGAUGCUGCAGGUUUCCAACCUGUACCUGUAUGACAGUGUGCUCAUGCUAGCCAAUGCUUUCCACAGAAAACUGGAGGACAGGAAAUGGCACAGCAUGGCAAGUCUGAAUUGCAUGAGGAAAUCCACCAAGCCUUGGAAUGGAGGACGAUCCAUGCUUGAGACUAUUAAGAAGGGCCAUAUAACUGGGCUUACUGGUGUUAUGGAGUUCAGAGAAGAUGGCGCCAACCCCUAUGUUCAAUUUGAAAUACUGGGCACUAGCUACAGUGAAACAUUUGGCAAAGAUGUCCGGAGGUUGGCAACGUGGGACUCUGAAAAAGGACUGAAUGGUAGCCUGCAAGAACGACGUCUGGGAAGUGAUUUACAAGGACUGACACUCAAAGUGGUGACUGUCUUGGAAGAACCUUUUGUGAUGGUGGCAGAAAACAUACUUGGGCAACCAAAACGUUACAAAGGAUUUUCCAUUGAUGUCCUGGAUGCGCUGGCCAAGAAUCUGGGCUUCAAAUAUGAGAUAUAUCAAGUUCCUGAUGGGAAAUAUGGACACCAGCUUCAGAAUGGCUCCUGGAAUGGCAUGAUUGGUGAACUUAUUAACAAGAGAGCAGAUCUAGCGAUUUCUGCCAUCACUAUAACACCUGAACGAGAGAGCGUUGUGGACUUCAGCAAGCGGUACAUGGACUAUUCAGUGGGGAUCUUGAUCAAGAAGCCUGAAGAGAAAAUCAACAUCUUCUCUCUCUUUGCUCCUUUUGACUUUGCGGUGUGGGCUUGUAUUGCUGCUGCCAUCCCUAUAGUUGGUGUCCUGAUAUUUGUCUUGAACCGGAUCCAGGCAGUCAGGGCGCAGAAUGCCUCCCAGUCAAGCCCCUCUGCCUCCUCCACCCUGCACAGUGCCAUCUGGGUUGUGUACGGCGCUUUUGUUCAGCAAGGGGGUGAAUCUACUGUCAAUUCUGUGGCUAUGCGCAUUGUGAUGGGAAGCUGGUGGCUCUUCACCCUUAUCGUGUGCUCAUCCUACACAGCAAACUUAGCAGCAUUUCUCACAGUAUCGAGGAUGGAUAAUCCUAUAAGAACAUUUCAGGAUCUGUCUAAACAAAUGGAUAUAUCUUACGGUACAGUCAGAGACUCAGCAGUAUAUGAAUACUUUAAAGCAAAAGGAACAAACCCUCUGGAGCAGGAUAACACAUUUGCUGAACUGUGGAGGACAAUAAGUAAGAAUAAUGGGGCAGAUAAUUGUGUAUCGAACCCUUCUGAAGGCAUCAGGAAGGCAAAGAAAGGAAAUUAUGCAUUCCUGUGGGAUGUGACAGUGGUGGAAUAUGCUGCGCUGACGGAUGAUGAAUGCUCUGUGACAGUCAUUGGUAAUAGCAUCAGCAGCAAAGGAUAUGGAAUUGCACUCCAGCACGGAAGCCCCUACAGAGAUCUUUUCUCCCAGAGGAUCUUAGAGUUGCAAGAAAGUGGAGAUUUGGAUGUUCUUAAACAAAAAUGGUGGCCACGGAUGGGACGUUGUGACCUGAAUAGCCACACAAAUGCACAGACAGAUGGGAAGGCUCUCAAGCUGCACAGUUUUGCAGGUGUUUUCUGCAUUUUAGCAAUAGGCCUUCUUCUUGCCUGCUUGGUGGCAGCAUUGGAGUUGUGGUGGAACAGCAACCGUUGUCAUCAAGAAACACCGAAAGAGGAUAAAGAAGUAAACCUGGAGCAGGUCCAUAGACGCAUGAACAGUUUAAUCGAUGAAGACAUAGCCCACAAGCAGAUCUCUCCAGCGUCCAUCGAGAUCUCAGCCUUGGAGAUCGGUGGCAUGCAGCCAGCUCAGACCCUGGAGCCGGUACGCGAAUACCAGAACACGCAACUUUCUGUCACCACCUUUUUACCAGAACAGACAACUCAUGGUGCCAGCAGGACACUCACAGCUGCCUCUGGCAGCAACCUGCCGCUGCCCCUGAGCAGCUCUGCCACCAUGCCCUCCAUACAGUGUAAACACAGGUCGCCAAAUGGAGGACUAUUUCGUCAGAGCCCCGUGAAAACCCCAAUCCCUAUGUCAUUUCAGUCUGUGCCGGGGGGAGUCAUUCCAGAAGCAAUGGAGCCCUCUCACGGAACAUCCAUUUGAUGAAAACAAACAGUAACACAACCAGCAGAGCUUUUUAAUACAAAACUAAAAACAAACAAAAAAAAAAAGCAAAGAAACUCUUACAUUUUUCUUGUAUAUAAGUGUAAAUAAUGAAAGAAUGAAGUGGGGUAAAAGUGUAUUUUGAAUAUUCCCAAUUUUCGAAGUCAGUAAAAAACAAAAGAAAAAAAAAACAAAAAUGUAUGAAUGACUUUGUAAAUUUUGUUCUAUAUGAAUAAAAAGGCAAACUACUUGUGAUCGUUCUCAAGUGCCAAAGAAGACCAGUUACUGGGACUGAGGGACGUACAUUAUUUCUUCUGUGGAUUUCAACAUGUAUUCCCUUCCUGUUCUUGUUUUCAGAGCGAAUUUUAUCCAUUUCUUGCCAUCACCUUGCUCAGACCUCUCCUUUCCCUAGAAUCCUAUUGCUGGCAGUUCAUUCAGAGAGUUUGGCAUCUGGUACUAGAAUAGCGGUAGCAAAUGUUUUAAACCUGAAUUACAGCUAAAACCCAACAAGUGAUGAAAAUGAACUUUUGCUUUCUAACAAGCAUUUAGACAUCCAUGCAGUUCUUAAGUUUAAGCACAGGAUUAUGGAAUUAUGUUUUUACAUGUGUAUGUGCUGUGUGGCUCUUCUUAUUUAAUCUAUGUUUUGCUAUAUGUGUAUAUAAAAUAUAUAUGCCGUAUAGCGUAUAUAUUUCAUAUUUAUAAAUGCUUUGAUAAGAAACAAGUUUCUGGUUAUGGGUAAAGCUGUUAAGAAAAAACUGAUCAGCUCUUUUUUUAUCUUAUGUAGACAAAUGCAAAAGGAGAGUAACCGGUGGCUGAAAGGACUGGGAGAAGGGAGAGCUUGAGCAGGCAGGAGGUAAUGGCACUGCAGUGACUGUGCCCUCUGGUGCUGUUCCUCUCCUUAAGAUUUCAAGGAAUUUGCUGCAUAAUGGAUGUAACGCUUGCAGCUGAAGUUAUACCCCUGAAUGACAAGGCUAAGCUCAUGACUACAAGCACAACUCUGCUUUUUCUUCUCACUGAUUUUAUAAAGAGAAAAAUGUUAAUGGCCAUGUCUGUAAUAUUGGUAAAAGUGGCCAUUAAAAGGUUUUGGGGUUGUUUUUUUUUUUUUUGUCUGUGGAACACAAUCAAAGGACAAAGACAAAACAGCAUGUGUAGCUAAUUUAAUGUCUGAUUCUGCAAAUGUUACCAGUGCCAUUUCAUAUGACACACACACACACAAAAAAAAGCAAAACCAAAACAUGUUGUUUCAUUCCCAAAUAGUAGUCCUCAUGCUAAAAAUAACUGAUUCCCCCUUCACCCACUGUUGCUAAUAGACAAUCAAUAGCUUCCAGGAUUGGGAUAGUUUAAUAUCUUCUCAUAUCCCUACGGCUAGGUUGCAAGUUCCCUCUGUAGCAGGAUUUCUCCACUUAACUAGAAUGCUGCUAUUUGGAAAAGGCUGUAGGUCUCAAUGCAGCAAAAUCACAGCCUACAUUACGGUGAAAGUCUGUUUGAACAGAGGGAAAAAUGCAGUCCCGUCCCCAGAAAAUCAGCAGGCAAUCUAGGUCAGGCUUUUGGAUAUGUAAAUAUUUCAUUGAUCACUCCCAAUUUGAUUUGUGUUAUUAAUCAACAGGUAUAUUAAGAUAAGAUAAAAGUCCCCAAUUUUUUACAUUUAUAUUUCAAGCAGUAGGGAAAAAAAAUCAAGCUGGGAUAGAAAAGCAGUUUCACAGAAGACAAUACCCAGCACACAAUUUAAAUGAGGAAUAUUGAUAGUGAGCUUCCAGAAGGAGGACUCUUGCAGGGAUUCAUUUGUUUCUGCUGUCAGUAUGGUUCCUCAGGAACACAGUACAGUUUUGCAGCCUGGCACAAAUAGUGCUAUUUGCCACAAACUAAUUAAAAAUGAGUUAUGCUGUAGUCAGCUGACAGGAUUUAUCCCGUUUAGACACUUGGCCCACACAAGCCUGAGAUUUUUUUCCUCCCUCUUCUGUUGUACUUUUUCCUCCUAUUCUCCGAACAACCCUCUGGCCGCAGGAAAAGCUAGAUAUUUCUCCUCCUGACUUUUCUACCUUCCAUGCACAGGCAACAGUUUGUUAUAGCAGAACGAGCUGAGCAAGAAAGCCAUGCACUCCUAGCUAUCUGCAAAGAUGCAAAGAAGAGAGCAUGCAACUGUUUGCACUGGAAAAAAAAUCUCUCUUUAUUUUUUUUAUUCCUAAUUUAAGAUUUCUGAAGAGGUGCAAGGAGAUGCAUAGCUGCAAGCAAACAAACUAGGGCUUGGUUGGAGCAGGUGCUUGGUGAUCACCUUCAUUCCUAGCAUCCCCUGAGCUGCUUGGCCACAGCUUCCCCUCUGGAAAACGAGGAGCCACGGUGAGCCCCUGGUGCACAGCAGCACAGCUGCUGCCGCCCAUGUUGUAGCAAAUAAGUACGUCAGUGACUGCCUCGACAUGCAAGGCUCAGAGCAGGGGGCUGAAAUGCUGCUUUGGUUGAGGCAUCACUGCAUUCACAAAGUAAAUCUAGUCUUUUUUUCACGUUGUAGUCUAAACCACAGUGCUAACAAGUGCUGAAUAAUUUAAACUGAACAACGUUUGUGGAACAAAUUGUGAACAUAGUAUAUCUGGGAGAUUAACAUUCUCCAUAUUCAAUAUUCUUCUCCCGGCCCAGUCUUACCACCAUGUUUAGAAGUGUGAUUUAACUUAUAAAUGAUGCUGAAUCUGGACUGGUUUUCAUGCAUAGGCUAUGAAAGACUUGUUUAAAAGAUCUGCAGGAUUGCAUCUAAGACAAUCAGGAUUCUGCAGCAUCAAGCCACAUUGUCCUUGCUCAGAGAAGUAUUUAAGCCUGUGUGUAAGCCCUAUAGAAGCACAUGCUUUAUGCACAGGUUGAAGUGCCUUGCUGAUUACUGAUGGAGUUCAGUGCAGGCAUCUGACUAAAUACGUGGUUAAUUUUAAGCAGGUGAGUGAGCUUGCAAAAAUCUAGGGGACUAUUCAGUUGUUUAAAGGUAGCCAAUGAAAGCGCUUUGCUGCACAAGGGUCCAGGCUGCUAAAGUAGCAAUCCGUGAUGGCGAAGGUACUGCCUAGUAAUUAUUUAUAUAAAAGUUAGCAAGUCAUAGCAUGGGCCUCUCAACCACAGCAGAGAGCUGUUAAAUUUUUCAUGUGGUAGUUUGGUUUUAGGUUAUUAUCUACAAAUCACCAGGUUCUCCCUGAGCAUAAACAAUGCUUCUUUCCCUUAACUUUCAGUUUGAAAAGUAAAUGCAGAGUGUAUAAUUUCCAUGUUCAAUCUCCUUUUUCAAAUAUAUAUCUUUAUUUUGACAGAUCAAAGCAUACAUUUUCUAUAUAGUAUGUAUCCACCACACACUUGCAUAUAUAUAUAUAUAUAUACAUGCACAGUUAUUCACAGAUGAAGCAAGAAGUGUAAUUUCCAUGUGAUGUAAAUGGGUACAAGCUCAAAGCCCUCACAGAGCUAUGCUUGUUUACAUCACUUGCAGAUCUGACCUUUCCCUCUUAGUAGCUGGCAAGUAGAAAAAAAUGCAGAAAUUCCUGAAAGCUUUGAAGACCAAGCUGCGCCCUUGAUUUUCAAACAGAACCUCCCUCUUAGUGUGCUUAAAAAGAAUAAUGUCUGAUCCCAAAUAUUCCAGAUCCUCCAGGAUGUUUACAUUGCAAAGAUGACUGUACAAGAAAUGGAAAUUGAGUGCCUAUACCUUCCUUUUAUCGCGCUCUUUUGCUGAUGAACUUCUGCGAAAGUGACAUCUGUGGCACAGCACUUGUAGUGCGUCUUGUUCUAUUUAUCCAUUAGUUUAGAAAUAACUAUAUUUUCAUACAAAAAUGUGACUCCGUUUCUUCUAUUUGCUUGCAAUCUGCUUGCAAUUUGAAGGAUGCAUUGCUAUUAUUUCUUAGAAGUAUGUCAUGUUUUUUCUAUCGCAAUGGAAAAAAAUAUAGUAAUUGUGCUUUUUAAUUUCAGAGUUGAAGCUUGAUAGAAUGUUUAAAUGCUGAGUUACAACUACAUGUAUGUGAUACUUGGCUUUCUAAGUGAAACUCCCACCACCUGCCUUGCUUUGGUAACCUGCCACUGCUGCACUGUAGAUGAAGGCUCAGCAAAACAUCUCACUUUCUCUCAGCCUACUGAUUUAGGCCUGGGUUCUCACCUGUGUAAGCCAACAACCCUUCCAGUGAAAGGACCUGCCAGGCUUUGGCUCUUAACAGUGAGACUGCCAGCACUACUUCCGAUGAACUUGUAUUCAGUGCUAGCUCUGGAAAGGGAAAUGUUUUGAGAGCCUCAGAAAUGAAAAUUACCUGAAAGAGGAACUUACAUUAGUGUGAUGAUUUUGAGCACUUAACAUGGAUUUGAAUUUGAACUGUUAGCUUAGAAAACAUUUGUUUUAAAACCUGUUCAAGUUUAGGCAUAUCUCUUCUCUAAGAGAGGUUACAAGCUGCUGGCUUGGUGGCAAAAAGCCUUCCUUUCAAAGGAAACCAAAGUACAGCAACCACAGUGCUCAGACCCUUUGAUUUGAUUUUAUUUUCGUUUGCUUUGCUGAGUGGAACUUGUGUUAUGAGCAGCUAAAUAGUGACAAAGAACUAAAUGCAACAAAUUUGGGGGACACUGUUGGAAACUUUCCAAAAUAAUCUACACCCUAUUGCAACCCUGGGAAAUGCAAGGACAAAGGUAGAAGAAAACAGUGAAGAGAAUCAAAGGACAAGGUAAAAUUGGAUGUGUGGUGAGGGGGGGAGGGAGGAAAGGGUGGUUAUAACUCAUCUAUCUUAAAUGUCUAGCUAAGCUCUGUUACUGUAUCAGAAGCAUAGAUUCCAUCAUACAAGCAGUUGCCUCAGUUAAUUAUUAUUUUCUUAACUCUUAGGAAACAAAUAAAAACAGCUUUUGUUCUACCAGAAGCAGUUGUUAUAUUAUUUAAGAGCUGGAAUUAUGUGGCUGGCGGUGCCAGGUUUUUUGGCUCGACUUUCUCUCAGCUGGGAAAUGAGCUCUGAUGAGUGAGGUGUCCCUGAGCCAGCUGUGGGCUGUUUGCAGGAUUGCACCCUGCUGGCUGGCUCACUUUCAGAUGGGAAUAAUGAGCUGUGCUGAGCUGCCCAUAAGCCUCCAGCCCCAAGGAGUGUGGUUCAGUUGGAGUUGUGCUGCAUGGUGUUGGGUGAAGCGUGCUGUUUUACUGAUCUUUGUGUUGGAAGAAAGCAGCACAGAGACGUGGCUCUCCAAGCUCAUAAGGUACCUAACAACAGGAGCAUGAGAUGUGUAGGGCUUCACUCUCUUUAUGAUUUUUUUGUACUUUUUGAUGUUUUAAGUCAAUGUUCUUAAGUGGAUUUUCAACCUUUUUAACUGUAGAGUUCUGAGGUACUGCUGAAGUGACUUUCUCCCCCUCAUUUGAACUGCUCAGAGCUAACUUGUUUGCAGGUUGAUUAAUGCUGAUAACCAUCAUCAUUAAACUGUGUUGCGUUCCUCUCCUUUUCUUUUGUAGGUCAUAGUGGAAGGCCUCUAGGAUAUCUGUAGCUGUUCAGUUUCUUCACUGUUGUUACAAAGCUCUGUAGUUUUAAGGGUAGGGAACUUAUUAAUUGUUUUGAUCCCUAUUAAAAGGGUGGGGGGGAAGUAAAUCCUCACCAUCACAGAUGAACACAGACAUGGCAAGUAGCUGGGCAUGGAAGAAAAUCAAGCAAAUAUGGUGGAGGGGAGAAUAUUUGUGUGUUUUGCUAAUUGUUCAACUGCUGGGGUGCCUGGCUGGGACAGGAGACAGUUUCUGAAUAAUAAUACACCAUGAGUAACUAUGCUUUGGAAACCUGAAUGGUUCCAGGUGAGAAGCUA